AUGCGCGUGAGCUCUUCUCUCGCCGUCGCUGGCGCGUCGGCGCUCUUACUGGUCUUGACCCUGGUCCUGAGCCAGCCGACCGUCGGCGUCGAGGCCUCCAACAGCUUCUCCGGCGCCAACUCGUACUUUCUGUGGUCCCUCUCCGACUCUGAUAGGAAGGCCCACUUGAGCGCGUUGUCGGCGGCGGGCGUCAAUGUGGUGCGAGUCUUUGUGGUGCACGUGGACGCCGGGAACAAGGGCUCGUCGGCCCAGGGCACGCCCGACCUCGAGGAGUGGCAGGUGGGCAACUACCAGGACACCAUCCUCGACCGGAUCGACCUCCUCAUGAAGGAGGCCCGCGACUACGGCGUCAAGCUCAACCUCGUCUUCCAUGACCGCUACUCCCUCGGCGUGUGGCAAAAGGACGGUUAUUUCUACAAGUAUGGGUCGGCCGAGGAGUUCUACACCAAUCCGAAUGCGCAGGCGGACUUCGAUCGAAGGCUCCAGCACAUUCUGGACCACAAGAAUCCCUACUUCAAUUCCCGGCCGUGGCGCGAUCUGGGCGAGGUCGUGUGGGCCUUCGCCAUCCAGAACGAGGCCCGGGGCCACAUGCCCGACUUCCACGCCCCUUGGACCUGGCACUGCGGCCGGGCCAAGCUCAUCCGCCCCCUCAUCAACCAGACCAUCUACGUCACCACCGGAGGUGGCGCGGACUGGGCGGACAGCUACCAGGACGGCAACUUUGCGUGCGCCGAGAUCGACGUGAUCGGUGUCCACAACUACGACCAGUCGCAGAGCGAGGUCGAGUACCAGCUGAGCGCCGGCGUGGCCAAGGCCCUGAGCUACAAGAAGCGGAUCAUCUACGAGGAGUUCGGCGCGACGGGCGCCCAGCAGGCGUCGGUCAUCGGCAGCCAGGCCGACGCGGCCAACCGCCUGGGCGUGCCCUUCUGGCCCUGGGAGUUUGUCAAGUGCAGCGGCGGCGACUACGAGUACUACGUGGGCUCGGCCGCCUGGUCGGUCCACCAGGCCAAGGCCGCCGCCGCGCGCAACGCCAACAGCCCGUUCAACUGGAGUGGAGGCGGCGGCGGUGGCGGCAAGAAGGGCGACUGGCAGUUCUGCUCGGCGUCGGACCAGUGCGCCGACGGGUGCUGCUCCAAGCAGUACUCCAACGACGGCCGCUACAAGUGCACGCCCGGCGGCACCCAAUGCAUCUAA